AUGGCCAACAAUCCCUCACAGCUACUCCCAUCAGAGUUGAUCGACCGGUGCAUAGGGUCGAAGAUAUGGGUGAUAAUGAAGGGAGACAAGGAGCUCGUCGGGACUCUGAGGGGAUUUGAUGUCUACGUCAACAUGGUUCUAGAAGACGUCACUGAAUAUGAGAUUACUCCUGAAGGAAGACGUAUAACCAAGCUUGAUCAGAUAUUGCUCAACGGAAACAACAUUGCCAUUCUGGUCCCUGGCGGCUCACCUGAACCGGAAUGA